AUGUCUUUGAAGCGUCCGUUGCCCGACCCGACGGACUCGGAGCUGGUUUCGGUAAAUAGCGCGGACGUGAGAGAGCCCGAAGCGAGUCACACCAUCACGAAACUGUUUACUGCGCUCGGAGCUGCUUUGGACGAGCGUCUGGAGCGACGUGAGCGUUUCGUGCGCGCCUCGCGAGACCUCACCAUGGCAGCGAAGAAGGCCAUCUUUGAACUUCAGAGACUGAAAAGCUCGUUACGCCGCCUGCGAGACACACAAACACAAGAAGCCUGGGCAAAGACGGAGCAAACGUUUGAUCGGUUGCAAGGCCUGCUACGAGGUGGAAUUCUCAAGGAACUCGAGGCGACGCCCGCGUUCAGCGAUACCUACUGGCAGUACCACCAGGUGUUUUCGCCUGGCGUCCAGGAGUACGUGGAGGCUCUUGCGUUUCGCCACUGGUUCAAAGACGCACGGAUUCUACAGUUUCAAGCUACCUGCGAAAAAUUGGCACCGUUUCCGCUCGAAGUAUCCGACUAUUUACUUGGACUCUGUGAUGCGUCCGGCGAAGUGAUGCGACUAGCAGUCCAGAGCAGUGCUCUUGGAGAGCAGGGCGUUGCCUUUGAGGCGAGCAGUUUUCUCGAUACACUCCGACGGGAGUGCACGAGAAUCAGCGCUCGCACCCGCCGGGCGUGGCCGCCUUCCAUGCAGCAGGAUCUGGACCGCAAACUCGUUACCAUGGGUGAGAGUUUGCAAAAAGUGCAGGAUGUUUGUUAUCGGUUAUGUUUGAGACGCGCCGAGCGUGCCGUGUUAGGUCUUGAUGACCGUGAUGAAGCUGACGACGGCGCCGAUGCUGGUAUUCAGGCGGAAGAGAUCAUCGGAUGA